UCAGCAAAAAUAAUCAAAACAAUUCGUCCAUUGUUUCCUGUUUUUUGUUAAUAUUCUUUUAUAUAAUAGCUUAAAAUAGGUAGUGAAUUGUGCGAUUUAUAUUAAACUUUAACUUAAAAUUGCUGAACUGUAACAUUUAAUAUUUAUUAGUCUUAUCUUACGUGGUUUAUAACUGACUUGACAGGUGGUCGUUGUUUAUUCGUUCAGUAAUUUUGUGGUUAGUUUUAUUAUCUUAUCGAAGAUAAGUGUCUGAUAUCUGUACAUAUUAUUCGAGAAGAAACCAAUCUUUAUUUCAUUAAAUUCCCAGUGGUAGUACUUUUAAAUAAUUCCAAAUGUCUGUUCAAGGCCAAUACAAUCUUAAAAGUCCAGGUGUGAAGCGAUUAAUGCGAGAAGCUCGAGAGUUGGCUGAACCUACUGAAGAAUAUUAUGCCAGCCCCUUAGAUGAUAAUCUAUUCGAAUGGCAUUUUACAGUGAAGGGACCGGAAGGUACAGAAUUUGAAGGAGGGUACUACCAUGGCAGGAUAUUGUUGCCUUCACAGUACCCAAUGCAACCACCAAACAUUAUUCUAUUAACACCAAAUGGUCGAUUUGAAACAAAUAAAAAGAUUUGUUUAUCCAUAUCCGGUUAUCAUCCGGAGAGUUGGCAACCAUCAUGGUCAAUACGCACUGCAUUACUAGCAUUGAUAGCAUUUAUGCCAACACCUGCAGCAGGUACAAUAGGUUCCUUAGAAUAUACCAAGGAAGAACGUCAAAUUCUUGCCAAGAAGUCAGUGGACUGGGUGUGUGAUACUUGUGGAAAGAUUUCCACUAAACUGGCUACAGCCUCCUUGUCAGGCACCAAACAACUGACCAAAGAAGAGUCAACACUGAUACAACAAAUUGCUUUGAAAUCUGAAGAAGAAACCGUCAAAAGCAACCAGAGAAAAAACAGUGAAAGUGAUGUAAAUAUAAGGCAGAGAAUACCAGUCAGUCGCAGUGAGUACUCUGAAGCCUCUAAUGCAGAUUCCUUACUUCAGACAUCAAUCGAGAGAUCAAACAAAGAUAAACUGUGGUUUGCUAUUAUUUGGACUAUAAUUACAUUAAUAACUUUGCUGGUUGUUAGGCGAGUUUUCUUUUUAUAAUGCCGUAAUUUUCGUCUUUUUUUUUAACAUAAAUGUAAAUGUUAUUAACAGUUAGUUGCAUCUACACCGUUAAUAAAAGUAUUAAGUUGUUAAAAUUGAUGUGAUAUUUUAUAAGAAAAUUAAAAGUUAUUACCCAUAAGACUGUAAAUAAAUCGUAUAUGAAUAAUUCAUGGUUGGUUGUUAAAUAAAUAAUUAGUUUAUUUCA